AUGCUGCAGUGUGGUCUUACCUGACUCGCUGCAUACAAAUUAUUCUCCAUACGGAGGUCUGUGAAUAUCAUUUCAAUGUUAAAUUCCAGUCCCAUAUAGAUUAAACUAAUUUGAAAACAAAUACAGACAUAUUGGUAAAAUUGAAAACAUUUUAAUGCGUUUUCUUCAAAGAGCCAGGAGAUGGCUCUCUAGUUUAUCGAAGCCUGUUUUCACAAUGACUGAAAGACGCGUCCUGCUGCAGUAUUGUGCAGCUUUUUAUCUUGUUGUCGGUUGAAAAGUGAAAGUGCAGAGUGUUUUGUUUUGGACUCGGACAUGGCAUUAGCGAGUUGGCUUGGUUUGAGACUGUUCCCUCGGCUCGGAUCCCAGCUGUGCCAGCGAAUCGGGCUUCUUCAUCCCGGGGCUCCAGUAAGGCGUGUCAGUGGGACUCAGCGCGCCCGGGUCGCGGAAAAAGAGUAUGGAUCCUGGGGCAAGAGUCCAAGCCCAGAGCCGCCGAACUUCACCGAGCUCGACAAGGCUGAUGCUAUGAUGCUGAGGAAGGCCCAUGAAAUAGGGUUCCUGUCGUGGUUUCGAAAUGGCUUGCUGGCCACAGGGAUCGGUGUGAUCUCCUACGUUCAGAGUGAUGUGGGAUGUGAGGCUGCUUACGGUUUCUUCAUCCUGGGUGGAAUGUGUGUAUCGUUUGGAAGUGCCUCCUACAUUGGGAACCUGUUUGCCGUGCGCCGCACCAUGCUCCUGUCCCUCCCUGCAGUGCUGCUCAACGGGCUGGUGGUGAGCUCCGCUGCCCUCUUCUGGCUGUGCGCGGUAGCGCUGUACAUCGGCAGGCUGGAGGUGGAGAUCGUGCGUGAGGGAGAGGAGGGGUGUGAGGACUGCCGCAAUGAUGAAAAAGACAGAGACAAGAAGAACAAAUAAAUACAGGCUUCAAUAAAUAAACCACACCACCAACAACACUGCAGGGUUAUUUUAGUGAUCUAAACCGCGGUGGAUCUAAAUUGUUAAAUUCUGUAUUGAGGUUUUGGGGAAAAAUAAAUGAGUCAAGUCGUGAAAGGGAAUGUGUAAUAGGCUUUGAAAGUUGGAGAAAAUUGAGGAAAGAAGGUAGGGAGCUCCUAUUUAUAUAGAUAGAUAGAUAGAUAUAGUAUUCCGUGGUGCAGUAGGCUCUAACUGGCGCUGCUGCGUUCUUAACAGGCGUAGGCUCCCGAUCAGCUCAGCUCCGAGCAAGCCACCCUGUUUACCACAGCAGCAGCGCAGCUGAACCAGCGACAGGGUGCUCCCUGUCACAAAGCGUCGUUAGCUUCCUGAGGAUCAAAGAGAAGCUUUUACAAUUUCAGUGUUUCGUUAUUAGGCUCAGUUCUAAUCAGACCCCCGUAUAUUUCUACUAGCCAAGCAAUAUCACAGUUCACGAAAAGGGAGAAAAACAUGUGUGAGUAAUCAUGACUGGAAAUGAGAAGCAGCACAUAACUGUAAUGCUCUGUGUGACAGAAGACACCUGCAGACUGCCUCCAUACGUCGUUUUCUUAUAUGAGUAAAUGCAUCUUUUAUUUGAUUUUUUUUUUUCCUCAAGUUGAGAAUGGGAAGUUUGUGCUGCGUCUGAAAUUUGAAGGAAUACGGUAUAUUAGGGAUGUGCUUUUGGUACAUUUUUAUGAACGUUUAAAUGUUAUGCAGAUGUCAGCAUUUAAACAUUUAAACCAUAUCUACAUACACACACUAUUUAUAUUACAUUAUUAUGUAUAUUGACAGCCCUGGUUAGUAUUUUCUAAGCAAAGAAAGCCUAAAUAAGCAAGUAACGUUUGAAAAAAAAAAAAAAACUAAAAACACCGUAAGGUAUAUAUUGAAAUUAGGGCUGUCACUCUGAUCAAUUAAUUUAUGGGCAUUAGUUGGGAAUUAUUUUUUUAAAUAUAUAAAAGCAUUUGUAUUAUUUUUGUCUCAGUAAAUGUCUCUCUUUGUAUUUGUACAGCACUAUUGAGACAAACAAUUUGCGUAAAAGUGUACCGGUACAUUAAAGCCUAUACAUAAUUUAUUUAUACUUAUGUGUUCUUUGAAUUAAUAUUGAAAAAAAACCUUCCUUUUAAAAUCGUGUUGUACGUAUUCACAGGGAUGGAAGGGCUAAAUAAAUGUCAGUCUAAGCGUUCUGUUUAACAACAGUAAUUUCUGAAUGUUUUCAAACGGUGAAGCAUUGAACUUGUGUUUUUGUGGUACGGCAAUUUGGUUUGUCAUAAUUAUUUACAUACCACGGUUUUCUCAUCCGGUUCCUCAAAAUACUUCCAAACGUGGCUUUGCUUAGUUCCUUUGUUUAUAGAUGCCAUUUUAUGAAAAAUAUAUAACAAAAUAUAGAAAAAAAAAAAAAGUAUGUGUCAUUAACUUUAUUACUCCGUUGAUAACAUACCACGCCCACUACAGCAAUGAAAAACAGAGUGCAGAGUUGCACCAAAUAGAAAAGCUACUUUGAGGCAAUUGCCAAACCCCUUCCUUUUAUAAUAUCCGCCCUUACUGUGGCACCGCAUAACGGACUGCUGUAUAUGAUGAUAAAUUAUUAAAAUAAUCUAAUAUAAUCUAUAUCGAUAUCUAUAUAGAUAGAUAUGUAAUACAUUGAUGAUUGUUCACCCACUUCAAGCACUCAUAUAUCAUAAACUAAAGUAAUGAAGGCACUCGCUGACAUUAUUGUCUUGGCUUAGGGCUUAAUUUAUUGCACUAAUUUAGCAUUUUCCUAAAACACAUUUUUCCAUUAGAACUGGGCCCUUGGUUUCUUAGAAGUGUCAGUGUGGUUCACAAGGUGCAGUAUAAACAGCUAAAGUCCUAGGAUUUUUACAUUUUUUUAUUUUAUUUUGCAGACUUCUGUUACAUGAAAAUUCUUACACAUGUAUGUAUUUGGGACCUUUUCUUGGGUUGGAUAAAUAUCUUGGAGUGGGGGUUUGUUUUUUCACUUGGUAUAAGAAAAAAAAAAUAGAAGUAUGUACAGUUGAUCCUUGUGCCUUCUCACCAAUACAAGACUGGGUGGAUGUUAUCACUUAUAUUUGUGAGAAGACAGUAAGAGGCUCGCAUUAUAACAAGAAAGAGUUGUUUUGUGUUGUUACUGUAUGUGUAGACUGUCUUUGAUGCUAUUUGACUUCCUGUUUGAACCGACUUCAGUUAUAAGACCUGGAUGUACACAUUUUGUCUAGAAAAAAAAAACUAAAAACGAAUAUAUAUAUAUAUAUGCAUGUUGUAUAUAUACAGUAUAUGUUUCAUUUUCUCAAUUUAACUUUCAUCUUAUUUUUUUUCACAAAAUUGUGUAUGCCUGUGAAGGAGUUUAGUGUGGUUAUAAUUUUGAAGGUCUUAAGCUGAGAGAACUUGGUUUCAGGCCAUUGCACGGCACACCAGGGGAGAUUUGGGGUUUGAUACAGCAAAGUUACCUCAAGCUAGGUCUCCUUAGUGGCUUAGUGUUCCCUCAGCUUUAAGUUUGAAUCAAGCUCAACAUCUGACUGCUUUAUUAACUGUGUGGUGCCUGUGUGUAUUGAAUUGAUUUGUUUAAGAACGAUUCACAGCGUUGUUCUUAGUUCUGAUUGCUAUGCCUUUCUGGGUGUAACGACUCAACCGUUGGAAUGUACAGCAUAAAAACAACUAAAAUAAAAAAGAUAUUGGUUUAAACUUU